UUCUGGCUGCGGCCGGAUUAGAGAGGGGUGUGCGCGCGGGUCCCAUGCGCCUGCCUAAGCUGGGAGCUUGCAGAAAGGCGCGCCGGCCUGGUCUUGAGUGGUCGGAGGUCUCCAGGAGCCCUCAGCAUCCCUUCUUUCUCACUCACACACCCCAGCCUCACGCGUUAGGCGUCCCCCCAGCAGACGGUGAGCCGGCGGCGGGAGGGUGGAGGUGGACGUAGCUCAACGCCACGCAUAUCACUGGAGAGCCAAAGCUUCUUUCUCAGCUGCCGGGAAGCACGUAGAAGGUUAUUCCAGUCCCGCGAGGGUGGGACGGUGGAGGGAAUGCGGGGGUAAGGGAGCAGACGGGAUGCGGGCGCCUCACCCUCGCUUCCCCAGUGCCUGGAGAGCCCCCCUCCGGCCACGUCACUCACGCCCAUCUCCUUCGGGAAAACCAGACCCCCACGCCCGGCAUCCCUGAGUUUUAUUACUUGCUCUGUCUUUCUGAUCACUUUCUGCGUCUGCUCCCUCGCUGACAGUGGCUCCUGGAAUACUUUUCUUUCCUGUUCCUCUUUCUUUAACCAGAGACCGAUGUCUGCUUUCUUUACUUGCCCCGUUACUUCUUAAGUAGAUCACUGCCCUGUUUACAGAAACCCCUGAACAAUCCCUGUUCUCAGAGCCCUUUGUAGUUCCUUAAGUUGAGGCCCCAACCUGUGCUUCGGAUGCUCUCCCUUAUCUCCAGCACUGAAUGGAAGGGAAUGGACUGCUGGAGACAUCCCUGAAGCUUAACCUCACAUACGGUUGAUCCGUCCAGACACAUCUCCCUUCAGGGUUCUGCACUGCUUUUCCUUUGACAACCCUGGAUGCUCAUUUUUACCGCCGUUUCACUUGCAGAAAUGCAAAGGAUAAUAGUGCACUCGUGGGAUUUACCCUCCGUGAGACCAUACUUCUCACCUGCCUUUCCUUGUCUCAUUAGUUGACAAGACGUUUUUAAUGAGUAAGUGCCCAAAGGCAGGACUCUGCCUGUGCGGAUUUCUAGGAAGUUCCAGCAUAGUGAACAGUAUCUCCUCUUACAGAUAUCUUCUUCCCCAUAUCUGUAAAUAGUAAAUACCCAUGACACCACAAUGUUUCAAAAGUAACUAACUAUUUAUUGUCUGAGAUCUCCAGGACACCUUCUCUGACAAAGAACAGUACUGAAAUCCCCCAAGAUAAAUCUAUGUAUAAAGGGCCCUUAUCUUAAAUGGCUCUGUCUUUCACCAAAGAGCAAAUAUAUAUGCCAAUUCACUAAAACUAACUGCAGUUCUGUAGUUUACUGUGGAUUUUUUUGUUCAAAGCCAUCCUGUUAGUCUUGUCGGUUAUAAGAAAUAGAUCCCAAAAGAAUGGAACUUUGUGGCUGAGUACAAGUGUUAUUCUUAGAGUUUCAGAAGGAUGACUAGGAAGAGGUGCGUGGCAGUGCUCUCUGGUGCUUGGAUGUUGCAUGCUUAACUGUUUGAGCUGGCUGGUGCCUUAAGGACUCCUGCUAGCUGUCUCCUGAGUUUGGGGAUGCUUAGCUUCACUCAAGUUAGUCUAACUGUUAGACUGUUAGGCUCAGAGGUGUUUCUUGAACACUUGCUUUAGUUAUCUGUCCUUAUCUGGAUAGUUUCCUUAGCAACUGCUGGUGAUUUUGAUGGAGAUUCUGAUGGGCUUGGAACCACUUGAAACUAAUACUAACUUCUGCUUGGUGAAGGUGUUAUUAGUUGUGUUAGGUACUCGUUAGUCCAGUGCGAUUCUGGUACUGUGCAUGGUUAGUCCUCAUUCUUCCUAAGAUUUCUGCUGCCCAGAGGGAAAUUAGAAUGUAGAUUGGCUCGAAGAAAACACUGGAAGCUACUUCAGCUGGUGAUGGAAAACAGUGAAAUUCUAUACACUUUCUUUGGGAAAAAGGAAGCAGUGGCCAGUAUUCUUUGGAUUUGGGGAAAAUUUCUUAUAUUAACUGAAACACCUUAUUUUAAACCUAACCUUGCUCAGAUGGAGAAUUUUUUCCCCUCCUUUUUUCUUCCUUCCCCCUCUCCUUCCUUCCUUCCUUUCUUUCACCCUAGAGUUUGGGGAAUUUUGCCUGUCCAUUCUCUCUAGGAAGAUUAGAAGAUUACUACUUUUCUGUCAGUUGGCCUUUAUAUUUGGAGAGGUAAGAAAAAAGGGAAUAACUGCCUGCCAUAUGUGUUUAUGACAUGAGGAUUAUCUACUCAUGUACCUUUGCACUGCUAUGGGCUAUUAUUCAGCUUUUGAAAAAUCACGUACCAUUUAUUCACUUGACUUAUGGGAAACUCAGGCAGCCUGUCUUUCAUUUAUUGACCAGGAGGGAAAGGAGGCAACAGGUUGAAAGAUAGUGUUAUUAUUCCUUUCUGAAUGAAUUAAAUGUAUGUGUGACCUUUCCUCUUUGCUUUAAAUGUUGAAUACUGCAUACUGCUUAUCAAUAUUAUUUCCUCAAGAGAAAGAAGAAGGUGCUACCUUCAAUUCUUUUCUAGGAGAAUUCUGGUAAUGUCACAAUAAUUUCAUCACUCUUUAUCAACAGCUCCCUUCUCAUGGAGAGUUAUUUAGUUACCGAUUGCAUAGUAUAAUUCCCUGGAAACAUACUUUUUAUUAGGGGAUACUGAUUAAUGGAACAUUUUUAAAAACCCAUGAAUAGUAGAAAGAGUAGAGCAUAAGAGUAGAAAUUGUUUUAACUACAAGAAGAAAAAAAACGGAACUUAUUCAUAAUUCUGUUACCUAGAGUUAACAUUCGACAUUUGGUCAGUCUUUUUUUUUCUAUGCAUAUAUUUCUUUUUCUUCAUUUAUUUAACAAAUUGUUGUGAGAACCUACUGUUUGCUGGUCAUGAAGCACUGUAGGAAUCGCCAUAAGCCUCUGCCUUCAUGUAACUUUCAAUAUAUGUUGUAUUGUUGGCAUAUGGUUUUGUAUUUUGUUUUUUUCACUUAAUAUAUUAUAGAAUCUUCCUCAUAUCAUUAACUAUUCUUUCAGUGGCUCAGUAGUGUUUUAGCGUAUAGAUUUUCCUUAAUUUCUUUACCUAAUCCUUUUUGUUACACAUUUACGUUAUUUCGAGUUUUGUCUAUAAUUAUAAAACAAUGUUAGGGAUAUUCUUGUGUGUUAGAAUUCUAAGAUGACUUGCAAUCACCCUCACCUUGUAUAAUUCCCUCCCCAGUGAAUAUGAUAGGAUGUCAUUCCCAUGAUUAUGUUAUAUAACAUGCAAAAGGGAUUUUUGCACAGGUAAUUAAGGUUACUAAUCAAUUGACAUUGAGUUGACCAAAAGGGAGAUAAUUUGAGUGGGCCUAAACUGAUUACAUGGGACUUUUAAGAGCAGAGAGCUUUCUCCUGCUGGUAGCAGCAGAAGAAGUAAGAGAGAUUUGAAGUGUGAGAGAGAUUUGACAUGAGGAAGGUUCUCUGUAGCUGAAAUGAAGAGGGCCACAGGCAGAGAGCUGAGGGAGGCCUCCAGGAGCUGAGAGCAGUCUCUGCUGGCAGCCAACGAAAAGCCUAGGGACCUCAGUCCUACAACCACCAGGAGCUGAAUUCUGCAAAUAACCUGAGUAAGCUUGGAAGCAGAUUCUUCCAGACCCUCCAGAUAAAAUGCCCUGCCUGACUGACAUUUGAUUUCUGCCUUGUGAGGUGCUAAACAGAGGACCCAGGGGACCCCAUCUGGACUUUUGACCUACAGAACUGUAAGAUAAUAAAUGGGUGUUGUUUUAAGCCACUAAAUGUGUGCUCAUUUGUUACGCAGCAAUGGAAAAUGAACACAUUUGUAAGUUAGACUAUUUUUACAUCUAUAAUUGUUCUUUUGGGAUAAAAAUCCUGGGUAAGGACUUGCUGGAUAAAAGUUAUGUGCAUUUUUAAGGUUUUUGUAUAAUUUGCCCUCCAUAUGCUUCGUACCAAUUUCUAUACCUCCUAACAACCUAUGUUACUACAUCCUAGCACACACUAGGUGCUGCCAUUCUGAUAGGCAAAAAUAAAAGACAAAAAAGUAUCUUCUCUUUUGAAAGAAGAUUUACAUUUCUCCUGUGACCAGUACAACUGGCCAUUGUUCUCUUUAUUUGGAGUUCAAUUUUUUAAUGAAUUACCUAUUCUUGUUCUUUAGUUAGCUUUACAUAGAGAAAAUAGUCCCUACCAGAUAGUACAGCAUUUCUCUGCUGUAAUAUUUUCAAGGGGUAAAAUGAUUAAUGAGCUUAAUUGAGAAAAUGAGUUCUGAGAAGUAUUAGCUGCUGCCAUUACUUCCUGGAAAAAAAAAAUCCCAGACAUUAUACAGUGGGAGAAUGGAAAAUGUCAGCUUCAUUGAUUAGACAGUAUUGGUGCCUUAUUCUUUUCUAGGAAAAAAGUCUAUCUUCUCUGGUUUGGCAUUAGAAAUAUGAUUGCUUCAGGAAUAAAGAUAUAUUGUAUCUUACCAUGGAAAAUUGUAGCAUUGACUAUUAUUUUAGAAGGAAAUAUAUACUGUUAACUCUCAGAAAAAAAAAUGUCCUAAAAAAACAUGUCACUAUUUUCAGUUUGGUGAAGAUAAUCAGUAAUCUCUGAUUAUAUGUAUUGCUUUAUUUGGAAUGGGGUAAGGGAGGAAAUUCAAGUUACUUUUUCUGUAAUCCUUGUUAUUUGAGAUGAUAGGGUUUAUUUCUGACGAAUGAAAUAAGGCAGAAGGAAAAAAGGAAGGAAGGAAGAAAAGAAGAAGAAAGAACAAAAGAAAGGAGGAAGAGAGAAGACUGACACAGCCGAAGGGACAUUAGAGAGAAGACAAUGAUGAUGCGAUCAUCACCACACAUUCAUUGAACACUUUGUAAGUGCUGAAAGACUGUGCUGAGUGCUUUACACUCUGCCACUGAAGCUCGUUGAAUGUGCAAUAACCGAAUGAGACACAGAAGAUAUACCAUCAAGUCUUAGAAGGAUUCUACCAUUUUCUUCUCCAUCCUGAAGAGACUUGGAAAUUAAUGGGUAACACUUUGCAUGAAAAUUACUGAAUGCUUUUUCUUCUUAUCUCUGAGGCCUUCUGUAGAGAAUUAAUAGGAGGUUGAAUGCGCGCAUGGAUAAAAUGGAUCAUCUUAAAGGAUUGAAGUUCCAAAAAUAUAUCAGCAGGACUGGACAGGUUUGACAUAAUGAGAUUCUAUUUUAGCCUGACUUCUGGAACUCGGAAUAAACUAUAAACUGAGCUACACAAGGUCCUGAGAAGGAAGUUUCUCUUCUAAAAUAUUCUAGCUGCACGUAACAUUCUUCUUAUUCUAAUCCUUUGAAAAAAAUAUAUUUACUCAUCAAUUUCCUGAGGAAUAAAACUACUAGACACUUACCAACUUUCAGUAUAUGAAGUGGGACAGAAAGCCGCAAUUUGUAUCAUACUGGAAAAGAAAUUUAAUUAAAGAAACAGGCACCAGAAGGACGAGAAAUCUCUACGUAAGCUGUGGUUGAGAUGGCAGAAGCUUCCGGAGAUACCUCAACUCUGCCGGUAACAGUGAAGAAAAAGAAAAGUCUAUCCAUUGAAGAAAAGAUCGAUAUUAUAAAUGCCGUAGAAAGUGGCAAGAAAAAGGCAGAGAUUGCAGCUGAAUAUGGAAUAAAAAAAAAUUCAUUGUCUUCUAUUAUGAAGAAUAAAGACAAGGUUCUAGAAGCCUUUGAAUCGCUGAGAUUUGAUCCAAAGAGAAAAAGACUGAGAACUGCUUUUUACACAGAUCUGGAAGAGGCAUUAAUGAGGUGGUAUCGAAUUGCUCAGUGUCUAAAUGUACCAGUUAAUGGUCCAAUGUUGCGUCUAAAAGCUAAUGAUUUUGCCCAGAAACUGGGACAUAAUGAUUUUAAGUGCAGUAAUGGUUGGCUGGAUCGCUUUAAAUCCAGAUACGGCUUAGUAUUCAGAGCUCAACCUGUAGAAGCUACAGGAAUAGCAGUAGACCCUUCAACUGUCUGGCAGCAAAACGUACUGCCUUAUUAUUUAAAUGACUAUCAUCCUAAAAAUGUUUUUAAUAUAAAAGAGACUGGGUUGCUUUACCGAAUGUUACCUACGAAUACAUUUGCAUUUAAAGGAGAAACAUGUUCAAUUGGAAAGUUAUGCAAAGACAGAAUAACUCUGGUGGUUGGGGCAAACAUGGAUGGCUCAGAGAAACUUCCUCUGCUUAUCAUUGGAAAAAACAGAAAUCCACAUUGUUUCAAAGGUAUAAAGUCAUUGCCUGUGUAUUAUGAAGCUAACAGAAUGGCAUGGAUGACCUCAGAUAUAUUUGAUCAAUGGAUGCGGAAGCUUGAUGAGAAAUUUCAAGCCCAGCAACGAAGAGUGGUGAUUUUUGUUGAUUCUUUUCCUGCACAUCCAGAUGUAAAGAACCUCAAGUCCAUUGAGUUAGCAUUCUUUCCAUCAUGUUUAUCUUCCAAAUUUAUAGCCAUGAAACAAGGUGUUAUUCAAAGCCUUAAAAUCAGAUACCGACAUUGUCUUAUCAAGAAAUUUUUAAGUUCUGUUGAAGGCAGCAAAGAAUUUACGUUUUCCUUAAUAGAUGCAAUUGAUACAUUGCAUCUCUGUUGGAGGGCUGUAACCCCAGAGACUAUUGCAAAGAGCUAUGAAGAGGCAGGAUUCAAAUCUCAAAAGGAAGAAAGUGACCAGACAAAUGCAGAGACAGACACUGGUCUUGAUUUGGUCCCCCAUGCCCAGGCAGCAGGAGUGGAAUUUCCUGAAGGUCUAUCUGUAGAAGAGUAUGCUGCCCUGGAUGACGGUUUGGAGACGUGUGAAGCAGUGCCAGAUGGUGAUUCGGUAUGGACCAAAGAAAGUAAAUCAGAUGAAACAGGAUUUUAUGCUUCUGACGAAGAGGAUGACGGUGGAUCUCUAGGAACCGAACUCCCUUUACCAUCAAAAAAUGAGGCAAUAGCUGCUUUAGAUACUCUUAAAAAUUUUCUUAGAAGUCAAGAUAUAAAUGAUGGGCUUCAUAAUUCUUUAGCAGAUAUUGAAAUUUUUAUUAACUCUUUAUCAUCUAAAUAAUUAUUUAUUGUACAACAUCUGAAGAGUAAUAGCUUUUCUUGAUGUAUUUCACUAUCUAAGAUAUAUAAAGGGAAAAUACCACUUAAACAUAAAAAAUGAAAAGCUAGUAAUCUUUGGUUUAUUUGCAAAUGUCUUUGGUCUGAAUCGCAAAAUUCCCUAGGUAGAUUAAAUAAUGAGUAAGUCAAUGAAGAAUGUGAAUUUCAAUUUAGCAAGGUUUUGGGGAGUAGAAAAUGUAUUUCAGAGGCCUUGUACUUAAAACAUAUGGUAUAUAUGUCAAAAAUAUUAAGAAUUCUCCAGCUAUUUAAUUCAUUCAGGUUGAAUUGUUAAUUUCUGUUUUCUAUUGUUUUUUUCUUUUAAAUUCAGAUCAUGUUCUAAAAUAUUUUAAUUUAUCUACCUUGCCUAAGAAAUAAAAUACCCAUCUAUUGCUUAUUUAUUUUUUUAAGACAUAUAUUCUAACUAGACUCUUAAGCAUCAAGUAUUAACUUUAAUACUUAUAAUUAAUUACUUUAUUUUUCUCAUUACUAGCUUAUCUUCCUAAUAAGAAAUUAUGAAAAACUACUGAAAAUAAAAUCUGAUCCAAUUAUAUACCAAAAUGGUUAAAAAUAUAUGUCUCAUUACUUUCAAGUUAUUUCUAUAUAAGGUCAAAUGAAAGACUAUGACCUUAUCAGAUUUUUUUGGUCAUAAUCAGAAGAUAAUAUGGAUUCUUCCUAAAUAUUUGUAUGUAUAUAUGUGUGUGUGAUAGAAAAAUACAUUAGUGAAACAUUUAUUAAACUCUUAUGAUAUUUAUGUUUCAAUAAGAUUACUCUUAAAAAGUACUAUGAAGAUACAUAUGCAGUUACUAAAAAAAGAAAAUAUCUUAUGUGGUUCAUAGUUUUCUAAUUUUAACAGCUGAAACUUUUAAUAUAUAAUAUUUAAUUAUUUUCUUGAUUUAAACUGAGUGUCCUUUCCGUGUAUUUUGAUGUUUUUAAUACUUUUUUUUUUCACAUUUAAUGGGUAACAUUUUGGAUUAACUUUCUGCUGGAGGAAGUUUUGUCUACACAGUGUUUUAAAUUGUAUGAAAUUAUUUACUCUCCAUCCAUGAAAUAAUUUUUAAACAGUAGGAAAAUAUAACAAUGUGUCAGACUUUUCUGUUGUUAAAUUUUAAUACUAUGCUUAUUUAACUUACUACAUCUAAUUUAGGGUCUCCUUUGAAAAGUAUUUUGAAAAAAUGUAAAACGUCAUACAGAUUAUUUUUAUUAUGAAUUAUUAUUAGUCUGUUAACAAAAGACACAUUUGGAAGGAAAUAUUUAUAGAAAGUAUUUUUAUUUUCCACUGUUGAUUUAUUCUGCUUUUGAGCUUUAGUAAAGUAAGCCUUAAAUAUGUAAUAAAAUUAAGAGGGUUUCUUCUAGAGUGAAAUAUGGAUCAUUUAAAUUUAAUUUAAAACAUUUUUUAUUAAUGAUUUGAUUUAAAAUUUUGUUGUGAUAGAAUCAUGGACCUAAAUCAGGGACCUUAAUCUCUCUUAAGAACCCUAGCUGUAACUCGAGUACCUGGCCUAUAUUGAGCCCUCAAUAAUUUUUCUCUCUUUCUCUAGUUCAUACCAUUUGAUGUCAAAUAUUUUUUAUUUAAUCAUUAUGUUACCUCCCAAGAGAGGUCGUCUGCCUGCUGCAAGACAUGCCAAUAGUCAAGAGGCAAGGUGGUAGGAGAGAAAGGGUUUCAUUACAGCCUGCUAGCAAGGGGGAAGAUGGCUGACUAAUGUCCGAAAGGACAGAACAAAGACCACAGGCCAAUUAUAUAGGGGGCUGGUCUCCAGGUGGGGCAGACAUCUGGUCUUAGUUCCUGAUAAUCUUUUGUUUUACUGGAUAUGCAUCAGAGACUGGAGAACUGCCCUAUACCCAGAUCUUUCAGUUGUCAUUGAUGAUGGCUAAGCGCCUAGACUCUCUGCCCUAGAGGUCAUUACAUUAAUAAGGAACUCAAAAAAACAAAGUUACCAAUUUAUUGCAGCUGGGAGGGGCCAUAAAAUCUACAGGGCAUGUAUAUGUCCUGGAGGGUACAUGUCCAGCUGGAUUAGUUAAUCAGAGAUCAUUCAAAGAAAAUGUGGUUUCUUUUCUACAAUAUGGCUUCCCUUAUGUCAACCUUGUGCUAACCAGUAUCAAUUACAGAUAUUCUAUGACAUAUGAAUUAUUAUCUCCAUUUUUCAGAUGGGGAAACUAAACCCCAGAAAGAUGAUUUGAUUAAAAUCUCAGGGCCAGAACUGAGAUGCCGUAGCUCCCUGUCACCUAGUCCUGCGUUCCUCUAUGUUCCACAAUGCUUUUCUAUAAUGUAUAAAAGAAAAUUCUAUUUUUUUUCCCUUGAAUUUAGGAGCCCAAGGGUGAAGUAUUUCAGAGAAUAUGCUGGAUCUGUGCUCAUGACUCUAUUCACAAGAUCUCUCCUGAGAACACUGUUACUAGGGAAAUGCCGGGACCUUCUGAUUUGGUAAUUCUGUACCAGUCUAACACAGAGGUUCCAGUGGAGUUCUAAAGAAAAUAUUUAAAGCAACUUUAAUAUUUCCAAAGUGCUGAGAAACUAAUCUACUCGUUUAUUCCCCACUCUGACAUGAUCCAUUUUUGACUUGUGGGGCAUAAUAAAUCUAAAGGUGAUAAAAUGAGACAAGACUCCUGUAAAGAAUAAGAAAAAGAUGCCUGCAGAUUUAAAUUCAGAGAUAAACUUUAAAUUGUUAAUAUUGUCCACUCUUCUGUGUAGUUUACAAGAUAAAUUUAAAUGAUUUUCAGAAUAAAAAUUUUUUUAAAUUCA